AUGACAGCCGUCCGAAAAUCCCUCCCAACACUCCGAAAAUCCUACCACCGUACACACCCAACAGUCUCCCGAUUCCGAGUCCGCACACGCACCGUCUUCGUCCCCUAUGUUUUCCUUCCAGAAACGGAAGGAACCCUCACAGAACUCAACGAUUCAGAACAGAACGCGAGCGAAGAGAAGCAGGGAGUGCCGAACGAACCGUGA